AUGGAUGCUGUUUAUUUUUUCCACACAGGUCUUCUGAAUGUUCAGGCAUUCACAGGGACUUACGGGAUAAAUUAUGGUAGGAUUGCUGACAAUAUACCUCCUCCAGAAAGUGUGGUAACCCUCUUGAAAGCAUCCAAGAUAAAGAACGUUCGGAUAUAUGAUGCUGAUCACAGUGUUCUGACGGCAUUCAAGGGAUCUGGCCUUGAGCUUGUUGUGGGGCUGCCGAAUGAACUUGUGAAGGAUAUAAGCAUUAGUGAAGACCGAGCCAUGAGCUGGCUGAAGGAGAAUGUACAGGCUUUUCUUCCUGAUACGCACAUUCGGGGCAUAGCUGUCGGAAAUGAGGUUUUAGCAGGCUCAGAUCAGGAACUCCAAGAAGCUCUGCUCGGUGCUUGCAAGAACAUUUAUGAUGCUCUGGAUAAGCUCCAGUUGACGGAUCUAAUCCAGGUAUCAACAGCGCACUCAGAAGCUGUGUUUGCCAAUUCAUAUCCUCCAUCAUCGUGCACCUUUAAGGAGGAAGUAAUUCAGUAUAUAAUGCCACUCCUACAAUUCUUUUCACAAGUCGGAUCGCCCUUCUACGUCAAUGCUUACCCUUUUUUGGCAUACAAGAGCGAUCCAGAACAUAUUGACAUUAAAUAUGCUCUAUUUGAGUCGAACUCUGGAAUAUAUGACGCAAAAACUGAUCUACAUUACGACAACAUGUUCGAUGCUCAGAUAGAUGCGGCUUAUGCAGCGCUAGAGGCUUUGGGAUUUGAAAAGAUGGAGGUUAGGGUUUCAGAGACAGGUUGGGCAUCAGAUGGUGAUAAGGACGAAGCAGGAGCCUCUGUUGAGAAUGCGAGAACUUAUAACUACAAUUUGCGCAAGAGGCUGUUUAAGAGAAAGGGGACUCCUCUCAGGCCAAAGAUGGUGGUGAAGGCAUAUGUCUUUGCAUUGUUCAAUGAAAAUUUAAAGCCUGGCCCAGCCUCUGAGAGGCACUAUGGACUUUUCAAAGCUGAUGGUAGCAUAGCGUAUGACAUUGGAUUCAGUGGCCUCAGCCCUUCAUCUGCAUCCGCACUUCAUUUGUCGAUAAAGGUAAAUGCAUCUGAGAUACUUAUUAUUAUUUUUAUUUGA